AUGCUUUUGUCAGCUUUUAAAAGCAGGGAUUCUUCUGAGCUACACGAAGACAUUGCCAUCUGUCUGUCUGAGUUUGAGAGUAAGCUGUGUCUGCACUUCUCAAGAGUUGAGAUCCGUGGUAAACGAGGGAGAAAGGUUCCUGUGCUCCUCAAGCCUUCCAUGGUUUCUGCCAUGGAGCUGCUUGUUGAAACGCGUGAGCUUUGUGGUGUUCCAGCAGAGAAUCCCUUUAUGUUUGCUAGAUGUGGAGCAAUGUCUGCCUACAGAGGAGGAGAGUGCAUCAACAAAGCUGCUUGCGAAUGUGGCAUAAAGAACCCUGAUGCACUGUCAUCAACUAGGCUCAGGAAACACAUAGCAACCAUGUCUAAAAUUCUUAACCUUAAUGAGAAUGAAGCAGACCAACUGGCUGAUUUCCUUGGUCCCGAUAUUAGAAUCCACAGACAGUAUUAUCGGUUACCAGAGGGAACACUGCAGCUGGCAAAAAUGAGUAAAGUCCUAAUGGCCAUGGAGAAAGGAACACUGUCUGACUACAAAGGAAAGAAACUUGAUGACAUUGAAAUUGACCCAAAUGAGCAACUUGAGGCCCAAGGUGAUUCCAUGUCAAGUGAUGAGGAGGAUUCCAGUGACCUAUCUCAGACACCAGCACGAGUGUCUAAAUGGGAGGACAGUGAGGUAAAAGCAGUAGAGAGACACAUGAUGAGUUUCAUCAAGACAUGCAAAGUUCCUGACAGCGACGCCCGUGACUGUGCCAUAAGGCAACGGAGUACAACUAGAGUGAUUGGAGAGCAGGAGGACUCCGAUAGAGCAGAUUCUCUAGAGCGACUCACGAGCUCUGAUGAUGACAUAGCUAAUCCACGAUUGGCAGAGUACACCGCUUGA